AUUUCUAACAAUUAUAAGAAGAAAUACUUUUCCUAAAUAUGUUAUAUAUCUUUCCACAAUGUAAAUUAUGCUGAACACAAUUUCACUUCUUCUUGAUGACUCAAAUAUAUCAGCUAUUUGCCUCUAUGCUUGCAGAUUCUGGGCUUUUAUAGUUUUCUGUUCUCUUUGUAAUCUUUCUCAAUCCUCAACUGGCUUAUUUUUGGCUUCCCACUAUCUCAUUUACUUCGGAAAUGCUGCUGCCCUUGUUUUCCACAGUUCUGCUUAGGCUCCUUCCUUUGCCCUGUAUUUUUUCCCUCACGGGUUCCAUCCACUCCCGUGUCUUCUUCCAUAUGCAGAAGGCGGCCAGGUCUGCAUCUCCGGCCCAGACUGUGGAGCUCCUUGCUUCUGGGCCCACUUGACACUGAUGCUUGUAUGUCGCACCUGAACGGUCAUUUACUGCAACCCACUACCUACUCCUGGGUCCCUCACAGUGAAUGGCAGCAGCAUCCUCAGAGUUGCCCAGAAAGAAAAUCUGGGUUCUAUUCAAGACCACACUCUUUCUCACCCCUGUUUCUAAUCAGUCGCCAAGUCUUGCUUCCCGCCCCCCACUCCCAUGGCCACAGUAGUUGGGGGCACCUUCCCGCCUCAAGAUGAUCACGUGAAAUGUCCCUGCUGCUUCCAGAGGCCUGUACCUGCCACUUGGGCAUCCAGUCCCACCCCUGGUGUCUUCCCAAGGACCUUGCUGCUGCAAUUAUUCUAUGCCUUUGCUGAUUGUCAGUUUUUCUCUCUGGCGCACCAUGUACAGACAUGCUAUACUUUUUCCCACCUCUAAAAACUCUCUCUUGGUAGUCCUCAUCCUCCUCCAGCCACCAGCCCAUUUGUUUCCCUUUACAGAAAAGGUUUCCUGGGAGGAUUUUCUGUGGUCAUGGUCUCUUCUUCCUCCCCUUUCUCUCCCCUGAAACUGGUGUCUGGUGGUCAGUGCCCUCCAGUUGCCAGAUCAAAGUCUUGACUUUAUCCUUGUUAUUUGACCUCUCAGCAACAUUUGACACAAUUGAACAAUCUCCCCUCCAUGAAACACCACCUGUGGCUUCUGAGACACCUUUUACCCCCCUGGCCAUUUUGCCCAUCUCUGUGGCCAGCUUUUCCCUUGGCAGACCUCUAAGUGUCCAGUGCCCUCAUACUUAGACUCUGUCCUCCACCUGUCCUGGGUCCCUUGGUGCUCUCAUUCCAGUCCCUGCAUUUUAAAGCAAUUUACAAUACGGUUGUGUCCAAAAACCCAGCCCCAGCCUGACCUUCAGCAGCUGCUUGUUGCACACCUUCACUUGCACGUCUCGCAGGCACACCAGUGACUCACGUCCGGCAGAACUCCUGGCUUCCUCACAUGCUCCCAGCCUGCUCCUCCCUCAGCCUCUCCCAUUUCGGUCAGUGCCACCCCGGCCCCCCGUUGUUCAAGUCAGCACCUAGCAGAACCAUCUUAGGUCCUCUCACUUCCCCUCCUUGCCUCCAUCUAGUCCGGGAGCACGUCCUGCCUCUUACUGUGCUGCCAGACAUGGCUUGGCCCGGCAUUCAUCUUUGGCCUAGCGGGCUGAAGUAGUUCCUAUCUAGAAUCCUAGCCUCUCCUUUACUUGCCCUAGAAUUUUUUCUCCACAUGGCAGCCAGAGGAGAUAUUUUAAGAUGUAAGUCAGAUCACGUUGCUCCCUUUUUUAAAACUCUUCAGUGGCUCCAGUUGAAAAAGUCUCCCAGGAUGUAGCCCUGCCCACCUCAUUGACCUCAUCUUGAACCACAGCAGUCACCACCCCCCCCUAAUCCAACCCUGCCUGGUGCCACCAUGCCCCGCUGGCCUGGUACCUUCAACACACCAGGCUUGUUCCUGCUGAGGGCUUUCUAGCUUUGUGGGUGAAAUCUCCUUCCCCGGGACAUCAUGUUGCUGUGUUGGCAUCCAGAAUUCCAACCCAAAUUCACUUCACCUCUUCAGAGAAGCUUCCCCAGACCACCUGGUCUAAAAUACAGUAGUGUCUUUACUCCCACCACCCAGGCCCUCUCUGACAUAAUCCUGCUUUCUUUUCUUUGCAGCACUAUUGCAAAAUGAAAUUGUAUUGACCAUUUUCUUGUUUUAUCUGUCUUCACAAAAAGAAUGUAAAGAUACCUCAUUUGUCUUCUCCAUUGUUGUGCUGUAUCCUCAGCACCUGUAACAGGGCUUAGCACAGAGGAGGUAUUUAGUAAACACCUGUUGGGUGAAAUCUGAUCACACUGCUUCCGCCAUUUCAGUGAAAAUAAAGUACAGGUUCCUUGAAAUGGUUCAAGUCCCUCUGUGAUCUGUCUCCUACUUAUUCUUUAACUCAUUGGUUCUCAAUGGGGACAGUUUGAUUUCCUCUUCCACCAGAAGAAAGCUCUCUGGCAGUGUCUGGAGACAUGUUCACUUGUCAUAACUGCAGAGGUGCUACUGGCCUCCAGUGGACAGAGGCCGGGGGUGCGGCUAAAUCUCCCACAGCGCACAGCACAGGCCCCUGCAAAGAAUGAUCUGAUCCAGAAUGUCAGUAGUGGUACACUUGAGAGCCCAGCUGUUUCUCGCAUAGGCCUUUGUCACACUCAGAGUUCCAGCCAUGCUGAGAGGCCACGAUCUUCAGCCUCUGAGCCUGGUACUUGCUAAUCCUGCCCAGGAAAACUUCCUUUUCCUCCUGUGCUGUUUUGCCUGUAUGGAGUCUUAAGACAAAUCAGUUUUUAACCUUUACAACAUGGAUUAAUCUGUUUUGAGAUUAUAAAAGUAACUUCCAUACACAAACAUAUUCUUAAUGUCAUUUUUUUUAGAUGAAUAAAGCAGUUCUGGAGACUACAGUAUUAUUUGUUACUUAAUCCAAGCAGAGAGAGUAAAUGGUUGAAUUAAUAGAACAACACCUACACAGUUACAGCCUAUGGCCAUAGAAUUAAACUUGCUGAAUUUUUAGAUAUGAUUUGGGAUGGUUAAACACAUACUUAUGAAUUUUAAUUUCUUUGUUUCUCAUGUUUUGUGCCUCAGUAAAAUAUUUCUUUUUUCCUUUUGAAUGAUUAAUACAUGCAGUUCUUUUGUAGUGCCUCAAAAAGUAUAUGUAAGCUGUUGUCUUUAAAGACCAAAAGUGAGAUUUGGAUAACUUACUAGAAAAACCUGCCAAUUUAUAUAAUAUUUGAAUGCCAUAAAUAGGAAGUUUGUCACGGUGUUGCUUUUUGAAUUGACCUUCUACCCUUUUUCUACAUGACAAAGCUUGUGGCCCUGCCUUUGCCCUUCUCUCAGCAUCACCAGGAUUGCUGACAAAGGGAAUACAUUCAGGUGCUAGGAUUUGUAAAGACCCCCACAAAGAUUUAAAAAUUAUAUGGAUUUUAGUGUCUGUAAGCAAUAGAAUCACAGCCCACUAAUUUGUUUUAAAAUUCCAAUUUGCAUUUUAUGAUUUUAAAUCAGAGAAGACUUUAAAAUAAUUGUUUAUAUGAUGCUAUACUUGCAAACUGGUGAGUGUAGCUUCUGUUAUUAAUGAACACUGCUUUCAUUGCACCUUUUUUUUUCAAACCAAGGGUUUCAUGUGGUUUAUUUUUUAAAAGCUUUCUAAAGAACAAAAACUUUAAAUAGUUUUAAAGGAUGAAAAUAUUUUCUCUGCCAUUACGUAUUUGUUAUAAUAUGAUUGUACCUUGUAGAGAUUUUUUUUAUCUAAGUUGAUAAUAGUAGGUAUUGUCUUUGAAAAUACUUGAGAAAUCGUUUAGCUUAUCAAUAGCUUUCUGAAAUGUGUGCAUCAACCUUGCUAAGAAAUGUUCUAGCACUUUAGCUUUGCUUAACUGAAUUCUAUAGUUAUUUACUCAUUCUUUUACAAAUAUUAUGUACCAACUUCUGUUCUAGAGGUUAGGAAUAUUCUGAUAAACAAAAAGUGAUCCCUUUGGAGUAACAAAUUCAUAAAAAAUUACAUUUAAUUGUGUGUGAUAAAUCCUAUAACAGAGAGGUGCACAGUAUACUAGUAGCACAGAAUUUGUUUAAAGUCAAUUCUGCUUGUAGAAGACUUAGGAGAGAACUGGACUCCUAAAUGGAAGAAGGGCAGAGAGACCUGGAGGUGAGGGUCCAAAUGGAAGGAAUAGAAUGACUUAGUUGCAACCAUUCCUGGUCCGGAAAUUUGCUGGUCAUCAUUUUCUGAGUGCUGUGAGCAAAAGUGUUAUGGAAUAAUCCUGAUAUCAACUAUAAUAUUAUAUUGUAUUUUGAAUAGAUAAUUGGUAUUAGGUUUUCCAUUCAGAAUGAUUAAUGAGACACCUAAGAUAGAAGGUAUCUAGGGAGAUGUCCAGUUCAAUUGGGCUCUCCACAUCUUUGAAUAGACCUGAAUAAAGGUCUGGAGCUCAGGGACAUCUCUUUGUCUUUCUUAGUUCUUUACUUAUCUGAAGACUUAGUAUAAAUAAAAAGUUAUUUUUUUAGGCAUUUUUAUUUUGGAGAGGGUUAUUUUUCUCAAAAUUGAUUUACUUGUGACUAAAGAGAAAAUAUGAAGAGGCAGCUGUCAUAGAGAAGGUAUUUCUGAAGAGGUUCACACUCUAGAAAGAAAAUUACUAUAGAAAGAAGCUAUCUGUCUAAGUGUUUAUGUGCUUGAAUUUCAUCCUCAAGAACACUUACCUUGGAAAAUGACUGGUCAAAGGAAUCAGUAUAGGGAGAAGGUGGGGACAGGCAUUAGGUUAAAACUUUUCAGUAGUGACUUGGACAAAAGAAGUGAUAGCUGUCAAAAGUUCAUCUUUUAAUAGGACCCCUUUAAGAUAUUAUCCACCAAUAAUCAUUUUUAAAAUUCCAGUUUUCAGUUUGACAAAUGGUUACCUGAUCACCAGCAUGGAGAGGACUGAUGUAUGUGUUGCUCUUACAUUUUGUGUCAUGGAGCUUGUGACUGUACCAUCUAAACAGGGUGUCGAGUCCCUGUGCAAGUCCCAAGUUACACUAAAACCGCAUUGCAGGAACUUCAGUAAUUGCCACACUUUCCCACACUUUACCAGCUCCUUUGCUUAUUUUUCCUCUCUUUGUAGACUGCAUUUCAGUGUCAAUAAAAAUUAGAGUACCUUUUCAAGUCCUGAAUAUAAAAUACUCAUUUGGUCAAGAUUCAGCAUUCUGAAACUGAAAUCUUUUCUUUUGCUGUGAAAGGGGUAUGUACCACGAGCCCCAUUAGGGGUCACCAUAUUGCUUUCAGAAUGAGAGGAGAGCUUUGAGGAUCAUUACAUGGUCCAGUGCUGCUUACAAGUGGGGAGAAUAUGCCACCACCUUCAGUUGGACUUUUGUAGUUAUUGGCACAUUAGGGUAUAUAUUUCAUCAGAUGUAAAACUUCAACUCCGUAAUUCAUUUCUACCCCACCCGGAGGAGGGGUGAGGAGUACUUGGCGGAGUAUCUGGUGAGGCCAUGUGCGCGGAGCCCGCCCUGCGCAGCCGCGCUGGUGGGCCUUGGGGGCCUCCAGAGGUCCCGGCCUUGCGCAGCCGCAGUAGCAGACUGAGGAGACGCCCAGCGGUCACCCUCCAUUUCUUCGCGCCUCAAAGCUCGUCUGCCUGCUUUCCUCCAUUCUCUUCCUGCAUCUCUUGGGUGAGUGGCCAUGGGCUGGGCCGUGGGAGCCCUGCGGGCCAGCCGGAGUGUGGGCGCCGCGAGAGCGAACUUCCUGUGCGUGGCGAGGGCGCCGUGUUCCCAGCAGCCGGCAGCCGCCUCUGCCGAGGGCGCCCAGCCCAGCAGCCCCGUGGCCACGAUGGUGAGUGUGAAGCACGAGCUCGUUAAGAACGCCACGUCUGAGGAGGCCGUUCACCACCACAAGGUCUCCAUUAUAGACACCGGGUCGGUUGGCAUGGCCUGCGCCAUUAGCGUCCUGUUAAAAGGCCUGAGUGAUGAGCUUGCCCUUGUGGAUGUUGAUGAAGGCAAACUGAAGGGCGAGACUAUGGAUCUGCAGCAUGGCAGUCCUUUCAUCAGGAUGCCAAAUGUUGUUGCCAGCAAAGACUACCUCGUCACUGCCAACUCCGCCGUCGUGAUUAUUACAGUAGGCGCACGCCAGGAGAAGGGAGAAACGCGCCUUAAUUUAGUCCAGCGAAAUGUAACCAUCUUUAAAUCAAUGAUUUCCAGUAUUAUCCAGUACAGUCCUCGCUGCAAACUGAUUGUCGUUUCCAAUCCUGUGGAUAUCUUAACUUACAUAGCCUGGAAGUUGAGUGAAUUUCCUAAGAACCGUGUCACUGGAAGCGGUUGUAAUCUGGACACUGCCCGCUUCCGUUUCUUGAUUGGGCAAAGGCUUGGUAUCCAUUCUGAAAGCUGCCACGGGUGGAUCCUUGGAGAGCAUGGAGACUCAAGUGUCCCUGUGUGGAGUGGAGUGAACAUCGCUGGUGUCCCUCUGAAGGAUCUGAACCCAGAUAUAGGAACUGAUAAAGAUCCUGAGCGGUGGGGGAAUGUCCAUAAAGACGUGAUUGCCAGCGCCUAUGAGAUUAUUAAAGUGAAAGGUUAUACUUCUUGGGCCAUUGGGCUAUCUGUAGCUGAUUUAACAGAAACUAUUUUAAAGAAUCUUAGGAGAGUGCAUCCUGUUUCCACCAUGAUUAAGGGUCUCUACGGAAUAAAUGAAGACGUAUUCCUCAGUGUGCCGUGUAUCUUGGGAGAGAGCGGUGUUACAGACCUUAUAAAAGUGAAGCUGACCCCUGAAGAAGAGGCUCGCCUGAAGAAGAGUGCAGAAACACUUUGGGAAAUUCAGAAGGAGCUCAAACUUUAAAGUUGUUUAAAACAACCAUUCUGAAAUUAUUGAAGAAGAGAUUAUAGUUAUGGGGUUGUGUAUGUCAAAUUCUUUAAAAAACUUGAAUUCCUAAAAGUUGGAAACAGAAGAGGAUAGAGUGACUGCCUUGUUUAUUUAGCCCCCAGCUCUUGAAUUUAGCAUCCAGAUGCUGGAUGAUCUUUUUUUUUUUUUUUAACAAUUCCUAAGUGACUGCAUCGAAGUGUCUUUGUACCACUGAUGUACCAGUAGUUGCCUGAUACACACACACACACACACACACACACACACACACACACACACACACACACAGGGUUUGAUACGUGUGUGUGUGUGUGUGUGUAUAGUUGCCAUUUAGUCCAAAAGCAUAUAGAAUAUAGGUAUUUAUUGUCAUAGAAAUUUUUUCAUUAAGUACAUGUUAAUUGUUGUUCUGGCUACCUUAAUGCCUGUUUAAUUAUAUACUAUUCCAAAAGUUGUAACCUCUACAAUGUAAAAAUGACUGCCCACACAGAAGUACUUUAUGCAAUGGAGCCAUCAGCUGUCUAUGUCCCUGGGCCCUAUAAAAUGGAGCUGCAAGUAGAUCCUGUGUGUGUGCAUGCGCUCACACUUGGACAUGCACACGUGCUCUUGUAUGCAGGCCAGUGAAGCCGGAUCAUUAGGUUGAAAUACGAAAAUAAUAGUUAUCUGGUUGGUAGCUGUUAUAAAGUAUUUAAAACAGUAAAAUAUAAAGCUUUUAGAAAGAGACUGACAGAGGUGGCAGUUACUGUCAUUUAUUUGGUAGAAAAAGGAAAUAUCCCAGAAUUUUCCAGUUACUGAAAAUAAAGCCUGACUGAAAUCAUCUUAGGACUGCGUCUGAGAACCUGACCUUUUAGCAUUAAAUCAAGAAGUGUCCUCGAAGUUGUUCCUUACAGGGCUGUCUUUGCAGCGGAUAGUGGGCCCUGGUCCUCUGGUGUUCCGGGGUCAUCCCUGUUGCUGUUUCAUUUACAUUAACAGAAAGCUUUUGCUUUUGAAUUCUGCCCUGCUGUUAAUAAAAAUUGGCCACUUUAAUGACUACUUCAGGGAUUGUAUUUCUUAAAAAGUUACACAUCACUUUUUAUGCCUAAAUUAACUUUACUACAGGUUCUAGAGUUUAUGCAUGUGGUACAGUGAGAGUUUAGAAGAAAGUGAAAAUAAUUGACUUUUACCUAAAUGAUAGUACUAAUAACUUAGAAAAUGAGCUGAGAUAUUUUUAUUCAUAUUGGCCUUCCUAAUGCAAUUGAAUAUUAAAUAAUACGUUCAAAUGUAUCUCAGGAUCCAUGUGGAUAUCAACAGGCCUAAUCAAAAUUGAAAAAUACCAGCAUCUGCUCUCUAAUUUAAGCCAGUCCUGCUUAUUGAAUCUUAUCAAAUUGAUGUAGGACAGUGAUCCACACGGAAAAUGACCCUUAACCAUGCUGGUUAGAGCUCCCAUCCCAUUUCAUUGGAAACAUCUAGAAGUGUCCUGAUUACCCAGGGAGCAGUGUCAUAUACUGGGACUAACUGAUGUGCUGAAAGUGGGAAGAAAGGUGGUUCUAAGAGCUUUUUAAGCUUAACUACACAGAGUUCUUCCUCUUUGUCCAACCCUUGGCUUUUUAUUCAGCUAUGUUUCAGCCAAAUUUAACAUAAUAUUGAAGGGGA